CAGAGGCGGAGGGUCGGUAGUGACACUGCAGUAGGGAAGAGCCUGCAUACAUGCAGAACUACAAGCAGUGUCAGCAAAGGACAUGCGCAAAUUGAUGGCCCAAAACGGACCUCCUGAGUUCAGUGCUUGCUUGCACGCCCCUUACUGACGUGCGUUCUUUUCUGCAGACCGGAUCAGCGGUAGUUUGAUACGAAGCCACGGAACACAGCACACUGCGGAAAGCACUUGAACUACUACACUCCCGAAGUUCUGGAGUAGUUAUUUUUUUAUUACCGUUACGGAGCUUCGUAUAUUUAAACUUGCCAUUUGUAAGUGUAAAAAUUUGAAUGAUUAGGCUGCGGGAGUGUCAGAAAACGACAUUCCAUCAAGUAUCACGGGCAUUAGAUGCACACUGCCAUUUGAACUAACAGUUGCCAGCUUGUUGCAUGCGCCCGCACCGGCUUCCGCGGGACACAUUGCUGCACUUGAGCGAGGCCGCACACGUUUCUUUCAUUUGCAUUUUCUCCGUAUUCUCCUAUAACUAGGAAUGAGCUUUUUGAAAAACAUGCCUGCCGCUGAUUCCGUCGCAGUCCGUGGCGGGCCUCGUCCUGAAGCAACGUCCCAGACAGAUACCGUCCCGGCUGAUCACGGCGACAUUUCCUCAUCAUAUUCAGAUGCAUUUGUCUUCACAGAGGCCAAGGGUCCCAUCCCGACAAAGGUCCUGGAUUCAUCAAAUGAUUGCCUCACUUGUGAAGCCCGUUUUGGGGCGUCAAUGCGUCUCUGGGUCUGCAGCAAACCGUAUACGAGCUGGCCGCUCAUUGAGCUGGUCCGUCAAUACGAGAUCCUCGGGGUCCGCCUUCAGUACGAGCAACUUUGUCAGUCCUUGGUCAAGAACAUCAGACAGAGUAUGCCUGGCAUGGACAUAUGUGGAUGCGGGGAUCGAAGCAGAUGGUUUGCUCCUCGGGAGUCCUUCAACCGCUGGCUCAUGGAGCGGCGGUCCAUAGUGGCAUGCCACGCCGAUCCCCUUAUUCCAUCACCCAUACAACCGUCUUUGUCCUCACGCGAAGGUGACAUAGACGAAGAGAGUGAGUGUGUCUCAAUCACCCGAGAGAUCCUGGAUGACUUGCCAAUGAAAAUUCACAUCGGGGAUACUAGUUUGGAGACACGAGAAAAUGUCCUGCGAUUCACCCAAAUGCUUGCUUCGGAAAUGCGCGUGAACCAGCAAAUGGUUGCAGAACUUCCUCCCUCCGACGUUCAGCCCAUUAUGCAGUGGAUAAGAGAGCUGGAGGAUGGCGAAGGGGCUCGUCCCCUAAUUGCUUCGCAUACCGGACACAAUGAAAGGCGCCGACUUGAAAAUUCCGUCUCGAACGCUCUUCCGCAAGCCAACAUGGUGAACAAUGGCGCCACAGAGGCUCCAACAGAGAAACAAGACGAGGAUACACUAGUGGAGAUUUCUCAGAGCUCCAUAAAGGAAGUUGUGUACAACACCAUUCGACUGGCAAGGCCGGUCGUGGAGUGUCUGUAUGCCGAGAAAGUGUCUCGUGUUGUGCGUCAACUCCAAGAAAUUUCUCGGGAUGCCGCCAGUCGAGUGCAAGAGUUCUGCAAGUCUUGCAACUCUUCGAAAAACGCUGGCGUGGCCGAAACUCUGGAUGUAUCCGCGACUCGCGAGACAGUCGCUCGGCAUUUCAAGCGACGGUGUGUGCGACCAAGAGGCGGCGAAGUGCAGUUUGGGUGCAUCAGAUGGAUGAGCGGGAGAAACAACGAGUUUUUCGAGUUCACAGGCGAUCUGAGUGCUCGUUUUAAAGAUGGCAGCCCUUUUUCUCCUAGUGGACAGCAAAGUUUGACAAGAAAGUAUGCAAUCAAGGGGUACAAACUCGCUCAGUUGUGGAGACGGUUUGUUAUGAAGUCUGGACAGAAGGAUAUGUGUGAUGGAACGGAUGUCGAAGUGCUCUGCAAAAAGGCCCUGGAUCCGGGGUGCGUUUGUGAAGGGCGGGGCUGGCGAGGAGGCGACUGGACCUGUGAGUGUGUGCGAGAUCUGAUUGACAGGAUUCGAAGUGUGAAGUCGAUCGGGUCGCUUUUUGCGUCAGCAGUCUUUGCUCUUUUGUGUAGAUACCAUUCCAUUUGCGGAUGCCAGAAUCAAGGCAAGGGGCUGCAGUACGCGGUUCCUCCAAAUGUCCUCGACGUCCUCCGCGAUGACCUGAAAGUAAACUGCGAGCUUUUCGCCUCGCCCUUCAAUGUGCAUUUCGACAAUUACUGUUCAAUUUUCCCUGAUGUGGAUGUGAUGUUUGGUAGCCGAGGAUCUUUCUUUGACCCUUCUUUUCAGCUUUUGGAGGGUUCGUUCGAGGCGAAUCCGCCGUUCGACGAGGUUCUCAUGGCACGCAUGGUUCAGCGGUUGCUUUCGUGGCUAAAAAAAAGUGAGGAAAGGCAGAGAGAGUCGCUACCUCUGUCUUUCUGUUUGUCUUUGCCAGACUGGUCGAACGGGCCCUCGGAAUUCAUGUACCUUCUGAAAAAGUCGGAAUAUCUGCGGUACUCUGAAGUAAUCCCCGAAGGAAAGCACGUGUAUCUGAAUGGGUUUCAGCACUUUUGUCACACAUGUGAUCUAGAGGUCCCGGCUGUGUGCGGUACGUUUUUCGCUGUUCUUCAAAAUGAGGCCGGAACAAAAGCGUGGCCAGUUACUGACACCUUCAUAAAUCGUCUCAAGGAGGCUUGGAGUUAAUACGACACAUCUUGAAAUACUGGUAUGUCACUCUAGGGGGGUGUGUCCAGAAAGGCGGGAGGCCGGACGCAUUAAUCCCAGUCACGCAGCCUAUUGUGAAAGCAUACGUGAUUGUUGUUCCACUUCGAACUCUUUUUCGGUAAUUCAACAACAGUGCUGCGGUCAAAGUGCCCUUGCCUUCUACUGACCAACUUCAGCGCGGUGAAGUGAUUUCCUUUAGCACGGAAGGGAGCGUCUCACCCGUGCAGCCACACCGGCACGUGCGAAUCACGUGGUGUGCCCGU